AUGAAGACUUUAAUAUGGGUGACGUUGUUCAGUUUUGUGGUGUACGUGUCAAGUGAAAAUCGCUUUUUCGGAGUAAAGACUCCUGAUUCUAAACUGAUUUAUAGGAAAAGAGUAUUCUUGGAAGCUUUUCCUUUUAAGAAGAGGGUGGACUAUGUGGAGUUCACGAAUUCUGCUGUGCCAAUUACGGCGGUGUACUGCUACGACUAUCAGAACAGCGAAGCCUCAGUCAACUGCACGUCAGGCGGCGUUGGCUAUAACUACGUAACGUUACGACUGAAGAGCCAGAGAAGUUACAGACUGGACUAUGCUAUUGAGAUCUACGCGUGA